AUGACCUUCAAUUAUGGUAAAGAACACAACUUAUACCUAGGAGGUCGGGAGAUUGGGUUACCAGCGAAACUCAUGUAUGCUGGAGCACUCAUGUGGCUUGUUAUUUUCAGCAUUGCGCUCAUUAAAUUGAUGCGGACCGCUCUCAGGAUGAAGCGGUUGUCUGAAUUUGGUGGUCCAGACCAACCUAGGUGGCAGGAAGCCAAAACAACGUUGGAAAUUGCUAAGAUGAUGGCCGGCUUGGAUGGAUGGUACACGAAGUUAAAUAAAAAGCCUACUCAUCAUUCGCCGCACCAAGUUCUGAGCUCCGAACGAACGCCAUUGACACGCAGGCAAAACGAAGAGUGUACUCCGAAUAACGCGGUAUAUGGCACCUUCUCUGAUCAAGAAAAUCACCGCCAGCUUUGCCAGAGCGUACUGUAUUCAGAAUUCUAUGCUAUCAUGGUCUUGAGCAUGUUCCUUCUCUGGAUUUCCCAGUGGCUGUUCUGGGGUGGAUUCAUUUUUCUGAUUUCGGAUGAGCUUGUGACUAUUACAGCUGUCUGGGUUGCUUUCUCAUUUCUUAGCACUAUCGCCGGUCUUCGACAAUAA